GCGCGGAGCCGAAAGCCAUCUUUGCUGGAGAGGGAGCAGCGCAGCCCGCAGCCCCCGCUCGCCAUGUCUGUUCCAGCAUCUGCCCAGGGUCCUGCAGGGGCUGCAGGGGCUGCAGGGCCCCCUCCUGCCACCAACGUGUCCAGCAACAAGAGGCUGCAGCAGACACAAGCCCAGGUGGACGAGGUGGUGGACAUCAUGAGGAUGAACGUGGACAAGGUGCUGGAAAGGGACCAGAAGCUGUCAGAGCUCGACAACCGGGCAGAUGCAUUGCAAGCAGGUGCCUCACAGUUUGAGACCAGUGCAGCCAAGCUGAAGAGGAAAUACUGGUGGAAAAAUUGCAAGAUGAUGAUCAUCCUCGGUGUAGUAUGUGCAGUCAUUCUCAUUAUAAUUAUAAUUUAUUUCUCCACUUGAAAAAGCAGAGAAGGAAGACUUGGCACACCUUUGUUCAUAUCAACCGACGAUAUCAGUGUUCCUUUGUUGAACUCCGCUUUUU